UCUCUCUUUGUCUAUGAGUAUUUUUGUGGUUCAUGCAUUAAUCGAUAGGUGGCGGUGUGUAACGAUUUACAAAUCUACCUUUCGAAGCGUCGAAGAAGAACUGCCGUCGUUUUGAAAUACGUCAUUAACAGUCGCCAGUGCCACUCGUGUUGUCAAAAUGAAAUGUUUACAAUGAGAAUUAUCAUCAUUGUUUUACGUGUAUUUAAACACCAAAAAUCGUUUUAGUUAGUCGGUGAGAUGUCGGGGUUCAGCUCAGAGCUCAUUGACUACCUGGAGGGAAGGAUUUCAUUCGAGGACUUUGAAAUACGGAGAGAGGAAAGAAAAGCUAAAUUGAAGGUAUCGAACAAAGGACGUUUAGAGGAAGAUGAAGAGAUUGGACCAGAUGACACUCUCCCCAGCACUUCCCACGGCCGCAGUCCGAGAAAAUGUUCCAAAAAACGGCCCGCAGCGGAUCCUGAGGAAGGUGUCAGCCCCUUUGUCCAGGAGGCCUUUGCCUCGAUGAUGGGGGAAGGAACAGAGACUGAACAGACUGAGGAAGAGGAGGAGGAGGAGGAUGAAGACAACGAUGACGAUUAUGAAGAAGAGGAGGAGGAAGAGGAGGAUUCAGAGGAGGAGAGGAAGGUUGAAGUUAAAGGAGAUGAGGAAGGCCCCUCAGCUGGGGAUGUCUUUGCUCUGGAAAUGGAGCUUAACCGAGAGAACAAGAAGAUGAUGAAGGAGAGACGUAACCGCAGCAAGCUGCCCCGGGCCCUAAGGGGCCUCAUGGGAGAAGCCAACAUCCGUUACGCCCGCGGAGACAAGGAGGACGCCGUCCUGAUGUGUAUGGAGAUCAUCAGACAGGCCCCCCUGGCCUACGAGCCCUUCUCCACCCUGGCUAUGAUCUAUGAAGACCAGGGGGACAUGGAGAAGUCUCUACAGUUUGGCCUGAUCGCUGCCCAUCUCAACCCCAGCGACUGUGAGGAGUGGGUCAAGCUGGCCGACAUGUCUCUGGAGCAGGAUAACAUCAGGCAGGCCAUCAUCUGCUACACCAAAGCCAUUAAGUAUGACCCCAGUAAUGUUCGCUACCUAUGGGAACGUUGCAGCCUGUAUGAGCAGGUGGGGGAACACAAGCAGUCCAUGGACGGGUAUCGCCGUAUCCUCAACCUACUGCCCCCUAGUGACGGAGAGCACUUCAUGCAGCUGUCACGAGACAUGGCCAAAAGCUACUAUGAGAGUAGUGACCUGCCGUCAGCCAUGGGGGUGAUGGAGGAGGCCCUGAGGAGACACCCAGAGCUGGUGACAGACGAGAGCAUCAACAUGGCUGCUGAGCUCUACAUCGCCAACCACCAACACGGCAAGGCUCUUCAGGUUCUAGUCCAGUUCUGCGGGAUCGUCCUGGAGAGAGGAGAACUUAAGCCAGACCUUGCAGAGGAGGAGAACCCAGAGGAGCAGGAGAAGAUGGAAUCAGAGGAGGAGCAGGAGAAGAUGGAAUCAGAGGAGGAGCAGGAGAAGAUGGAAUCAGAGGAGCAGAAGAAGAUGGAAGCAGAGGAGGAGAACCCAGAGGAGGAACAGAAGAAGAUGGAAUCAGAGGAGGAGAACCCAGAGGAAGAAAAGGAGAUGAAACCAGCGACAACAGAGGAGCCUGGAGGGGAGGUUAGACAGGUGGUAGUUCCAGACCAUGUACCAGUGGACAUCAGAGUGAAACUCAUGGUCUGUCUGAUCCACGAGCAUGUUUACAGACCUCUGGAUUCCAUGUUGACGUCUCUGAUGGAGCAGAGCCCAGAGGAGCUGGGGGAUCUGUACCUGGACGUGGCUGAGGCCUUCCUGGACGAGGGAGAGUACAACUCAGCCCUGCCUCUCCUCUCUGCCCUGGUCUGCUCUGAGAGAUACAACCUGGCUGUUGUCUGGCUCCGACACGCUGAGUGUCUGAAGGCGCUGGGCCACAUGGAGGUAGCAGUGACGAGUUACAACAAGGUAGUACAGAUGGCUCCUCUUCACCUGGAGGCCAGGCUGUGUCUGUCUACUCUGCAGCAGCAGCUGGGUCGACCUCUCUGUGCCCUCAAGGCCCUGGAGCCCAUGUACGACCCAGACACACUGGCACAGGACGCCUCCGCAGCACAGCAGGAGUUGAAGCUGCUGCUGCACCGCUCUACUCUGCUGCAUUCCCAAGGCCGACUGGAUGACUACCUGGAUACCAUGCUGACCAUGCUGGCUAUGCUGCUGAAGGUGGCUAUGACGCGGGCCCAGGUGUGUGUCAGAGCCAGCAUGUGGUCGGGGGUCAGACACCUGCGUCUGGUCAAGGUGUCUAAGGACCUGGUGUCAGACAUCGGUGACCAGGAGGCAGCCUAUCAGGACAUCAGUGGUAAGACCAGUGUGUUGUCCCGGGAGGACUGGUGGUUACUGUUGGUGAGGUGUGUGUGUACGCUGUGUGAGAUGAAGCGUUUUAAAGAGGCAGAGCUGCUGGUGGAUUCUUCUCUGGAGUUCUACUCCUUCUAUGACGUCAAGGUGAAGAGGAAAGAGCUGGAGUUCUUUGGUCUGUCGGCUGCUUUCCUGGACCAUAACUACCGCAAGGCCUACGAUUACAUCAGGCUGACGCUGAUGGAGAAGCAGGAGUGGCCCAUGCUGUGGAAUGUAUUCAACCAGGUGACCCUUCACUCCCAGGACGUGCGUCAUCAUCGGUUCUGUCUGCGUCUGAUGAUGAAGAACCCAGACAACCACGCCCUGUGUGUUCUCAGUGGACACAACGCACUGGUGUCUGGCAGCUUCAAACACGCACUCGGUCAGUACGUUCAGGCGUUCAGGGCUAAGCCAGAUGAACCUCUGUACAGUCUGUGUGUUGGCCUCACCUUCUUCCACAUGGCGUCUCAGAAGUUUGUGGUUAAACGCCACCCGCUGAUACUGCAGGGCUUCUCGUUCCUGUGGCGUUACGUGGAGCAGCGUGGGCCCUGCCAGGAAAGCAUGUACAACCUGGGACGGGCCCUGCAGCAGAUGGGCCUGGCACACCUCGCCAUUCACUAUUACCACAAGGCUCUCAGCUUCCCUCCUCUUACACUAGAGGGUAUUGAGGCUGACCAGGUAGACCUGCGUAGAGAGAUAGCCUUCAACCUGUCAAUCAUCUACCAGGCCAGUGGAAACACUGAGAUGGUACGGCACCUCAUCAACACAUACUGCACGGUGUAACGGCCUAUCAUGUCCUCCUAUACUGCACGUGUAACGGGCUGUCAGUUCCUCCUAUACUGCACGGUGUAACGGCCUAUCAGGUCCUCCUAUACUGCACUGUGUAACGGCCUAUCAGGUCCUCCUAUACUGCACGUGUAACGGGCUGUCAGUUCCUCCUAUACUGCACGGUGUAACGGCCUAUCAGGUCCUCCUGUACUGCACGGUGUAACGGCCUAUCAGGUCCUCCUAUACUGCACGGUGUAACGGCCUAUCAGGUCCUCCUAUACUGCACGGUAUAAUGACCUAUCAGGUCCUCUUAUACUGAACUGUAUAGUGACCUAUCAGGUCCUCUAUACUGCAUGGUAUAACAGCCUAUCAGGUCCUCCUGUACUGCACGGUGUAACGGCCUAUCAGGUCCUCCUAUACUGCACGGUGUAACGGCCUAUCAGGUCCUCCUAUACUGCACGGUAUAAUGACCUAUCAGGUCCUCUUAUACUGAACUGUAUAGUGACCUAUCAGGUCCUCUAUACUGCACGGUGUAACGGCCUAUCAGGUCCUCCUAUACUGCACGGUAUAAUGACCUAUCAGGUCCUCUUAUACUGAACUGUAUAGUGACCUAUCAGGUCCUCUUAUACUGAACUGUAUAGUGACCUAUCAGGUCCUCAAUACUGAACUGUAUAGUGACCUAUCAGGUCCUCAAUACUGCAUGGUAUAACAGCCUAUCAGGUCCUCAAUACUGAACUGUGUAAUGACCUAUCAGGUCCUCAAUACUGAACUGUAUAGUGACCUAUCAGGUCCUCUUAUACUGAACUGUAUAGUGACCUAUCAGGUCCUCAAUACUGAACUGUAUAGUGACCUAUCAGGUCCUCUUAUACUGAACUGUGUAAUGACCUAUCAGGUCCUCAAUACUGAACUGUAUAGUGACCUAUCAGGUCCUCUAUACUGCAUGUUAUAACAGCCUAUCAGGUCCUCAAUACUGAACUGUAUAGUGACCUAUCAGGUCCUCAAUACUGAACUGUAUAGUGACCUAUCAGGUCCUCUAUACUGCAUGUUAUAACAGCCUAUCAGGUCCUCAACACUGAACUGUGUAAUGACCUAUCAGGUCCUCAAUACUGAACUGUAUAGUGACCUAUCAGGUCCUCUUAUACUGAACUGUAUAGUGACCUAUCAGGUCCUCAAUACUGAACUGUAUAGUGACCUAUCAGGUCCUCUAUACUGCAUGUUAUAACAGCCUAUCAGGUCCUCAACACUGAACUGUAUAGUGACCUAUCAGGUCCUCUAUACUGCAUGGUAUAACAGCCUAUCAGGUCCUAUGUGAUGUGUAUUAUGAGACAUAUAAUUGAUGGUAUAAGAUAGUGUUUCCCCAAACAUUUUUUUCAGCAGCGGUGACAAAGUUAGUGUAGUGGGUGUGGCCAAUGGCACGGUCUCCGACCGAAAAUGAGCAGAGACAUUUUGGUGUUUUAAAGCAAAUUUUCUGCAAUUCUACACAUUUUGUCAUGGUGCUAAGAGAAAAAUGCUCACUUUAAAAACAAAUGUCCUGCAAUUCUACACAUUUUGCCAUGGCUUAUGCUGUGGCUUCUGCUGUGUUCUUAUGCUAUCUGAAUGACUCAAACAUUAUAACAGAAUCAAUGGGGGCCCCGUGACAUGAUAUUUUAGGGGAACUUUUUAUUCUCCCUGACUAGUUUUUAUUUUGGUGAUUCUUUUUUUUGUUCUCAAAGAUACUCUUAAUAAAAAAUCUGUCACUCCAUGAGCUUUUCUACAUAGAAAAAAUAUAUAUGUUUUUUGGGGAGAGUGGCAGCAAGUCAUAUUUUUGGGAGUGGCAGCAAGGAUGUGGUGCGCCGCCACUGCUAAAUUAGUAUAGGGGAAACACUGUGAUGUCCUGACCAAUACCAUAGGAAUACUAUUACACUGUAUCAUGUAUAGGAAGUCAUAUUUACCAUAGGAAUACUAUUACACUGUAUAGGAAGUCAUAUUUACCACAGGGAAUACUAGAUGUAUCCAGGGGUCACAUUUAAAAUCACCCCAGUCACUUACUCCCUGUUCCACAGCCUUGCUAAAAAACUGUCUAAAGAUGUAAAAAGGUAAACAUGUUUUGUAUAUAUUGUUGUCAACAACAUCUUAUGUUAACUCUAACUUGUGUACAUAGAUUUUGUAGAAAAUUGUAUUUGAAUACACUGAAAUAAAAUAAAAAAUCUGUUUAUUAA